AUCACCACCUCAUCAGCGGAGCAUCAACUAACAAUUGAAUCGAAUCGAAACGAAACGAAACGACCGAAAAUCGCCGAUCCCGAUCGAACGCCGACCUCCGUCGCCGGCGGAUUAGGGUGGAAGCCGCUCGUACCGAUCGCAAACCCUAGCGGUUCGUCUUCCCGAGAAAUCUCUCUCUCUCGUCUUCGCUGCAGCUUUCUCCGGCGGAUUCCGCGCGGUUCGGUGGACACGAAGAGGGGCGGGGGCGGGGCGGGGGCGGGGGAAGGGAGGAUGUCGUUCGAUCUGGUGUUGAAGCCGACGUGCGGCGGCUGCGGCGCGGCGGCGGAUCUCUACGGCAGCAACUGCAAGCACAUGACGCUCUGCUCCACCUGCGGCAAGGCGAUGGCGGAGUCCCGGGCGAAGUGCUACGAGUGCGGCGCCACGCUCACUCGCUUGAUUAGGGAAUAUAAUGUCAGGGCUGGUCCCAGCAGUGAGAAGAACUACUUCAUUGGUAGAUUUGUCAGUGGUUUGCCGAAUUUCUCGAAGAAGAAGAGCGCGGAGAAUAGGUGGUCUGCGCAGAAGGAAGGGCUGCAGGGGCGUCAAGUUACGGAUACCUUGCGGGAGAAAUAUAAGAAUAAACCCUGGCUUUUGGAGGAUGAAACGGGACAGUCUCAGUAUCACGGCCAUCUUGAAGGUUCCCAAUCAGCUACUUACUACCUAUUAAUGCUUCAAGGAAAGGAGUUUGCUGCUAUCCCUGCUGGUUCUUGGUACAACUUUAACAAAGUUGCGCAGUACAAGCAACUUACCCUGGAGGAAGCAGAAGAGAAGAUGAAGAACAGAAAGAAAACUGCUGAUGGUUAUCAGAGGUGGAUGAUGAAAGCUGCUAACAACGGAGCUGCUGCCUUUGGUGAGGUUGAGAAAUCCGAAGACAAGGAUGGUAGUGGAGGAGGCAGUGGUGGUGGUGGUGGUGGGAGGGGACGUAAAAAGACAAGUGGUAACGAUGAUGAAGGUAAUGCAUCAGACAAGGGAGAGGAAGAUGAAGAAGAAGAGGCAGCAAGGAAGAGUAGGCUAGGACUCAACAAAAGGGCUGGUGAUGAUGAUGAAGAAGGUCCAAGGGGAGGUGAUCUAGAUUUGGAUGAUGAUGACAUUGAAAAGGGUGAUGACUGGGAGCACGAAGAGAUUUUUACUGAUGAUGACGAAGCUGUUGGGAAUGACCCACAUGAACGAGAAGAUUUGGCACCUGAAGCUCCUCCUCCUCCAGAAAUCAAAGAUGAGGAGGAGGAGGAUGAAGCAAAUGAAGAGGAAGGAGGACUGAGUAAAUCUGGAAAAGAAUUGAAGAAGCUGCUUGGGCGAGCUAGUGGGGUCAAUGAUUCAGAUGCAGAGGAAGAUGACGACGAUGAGGAUAUGGAAGAUGAGGUGGGGUUUUCACCUGUACUGGCCCCUAAACAGAAGGAAGCCCUUAAAGAGGAACCCGCAGAAGAGAGCCCUUCAAAACCCACUCCUUCUGCAUCUGCUAAGGGAACUCCACCUACUUCCAAAUCUGCCAAGGGAAAGAGGAAGUUGAAUGGAGAUGAUGCUAAAUCAUCGAAUGGUGCACCCCAGAAGAAGGUGAAGACGGAAACUGAAGCAAAAUCUUCCGUAAAAGAUGAAAGCGUGCCUACUUCUAAAAGCAGCGUUGCCUCUAAAGCUACACAGUCAGAUUCGAAGAGUGCAUCUACUCCGCCUACUGGACCGGUUGCAGAAGAAGAGAUAAGAGCAUUCAUUUUGCAGAAGGCACCUGUUACCACACAGGAUCUUGUCGCUAAAUUCAAAGCAAGACUCAAAAGCCCUGAGGACAAGAAUGCCUUUGCCGAUAUCUUGAGGAGAAUAUCCAAGAUACAGAAGACCAAUGGAUCUAGCUAUGUGGUGCUGCGAGAGAAAUGAUGAUUCUGUAUAGCUUAUAAGUCUGGUUGGAGAUUAGCUGGAUUAUGUGCUUGUAAGAAAUGUUUAAGAAGAGGAUAAUGACACAGAAAAUGGGGAUUGAAAUUGUUCCUCUGUGAAUUGCUGUCCUGCUUCUGCUGCGGUACAUUGUUGCUCGCAUGAGAGAGAGAGAGAGAGAGAGCGCGAAAUACCGCUGUAAUUCUGGCAUUUUGCUGCUACAAAUGAAGGAAAAAAUGCGUUGACACAAGUCUUUUAGA